AUGCCUGAAUUGUUUUUCAAGAAUGAGCAUCCUGGCACUGAAAAUCUAGAUUGGGAAAUAGUCAGUGUAGAAAAUCGACUUAUUGUUUUGCUUCUAUUCGCUAUAGGUGGGAUUCGUGCACUGAUUUUAUUCACUGUUCUUCUGCCUUUAUUAUUUGUGUUUGGUUGGAUUCCCUGUCUUUGUUGUCUCAAAUCUUGUCGUGAAUUAUGUUGUUCAUUGCUGAAAGCCAAAGCGACACACCGAUUUUUUUCAUUUAAUUGUAAUUGUCCAUGUUAUCGUGCGCGUCCUAAGCUACGUUUUCAAAUGCAAUUUGCAUUUCUCAUAGCCGUUUCAUUAAUUCGUAUUGCAACUAUAAUAUUCUGUUUGGUUAUACCACAUCAUAUAACUACGAAAAGUCUUGCCGUGGUUGUUGGCAUAUCCUUCAUUUUUCUACUAUUGAAUUCUAUUUUGGAUUAUUAUCAUUAUCGUAUAUGGUGGCACUAUAAACCAAAGUUUGUCAGACUUGAACAAGAAAUCAUACUGCCCAAUACAACCUUUUCAAUCAAGCAUAAACGAUAUUUACCUUAUUCGCUGUUAGCCAACCAACGUACAGGCCAACAUGGUGACACGUUGUGUACAAAUGAUCCGUGUAAUAAUCGUGAACUUGAACAUAUUGUAAUAUUUCAUUCCAGUGACUAUCAACCCCAACCACGCUGGUCAGAAUUGAAAAGAUCAAAUCCAUCGUCUGACACGUAUAUUGGUUUUCAUCGCACAAGUGCUCAUGCUGCUGCUGCUAUUGCACACAGCGACUUUCAUCGAUCGGACAAACCACCACAGAUGCUUGGAUAUGGAAUCUAUUUUGCGCGUUCAAUAAAUAAUACAAUUGGUAAAGCACGUUUUCACGGUGCAAUCAUUGCUGCUGAAAUUCGUAUGGGUAAGGUGAAAGAAGUGACUAUUAAUGAACUGAGUACAGUGCGAAAUACUGACACAUGGCAUCCGGAAUUUGAUACAGUUUACUAUAAUCAUGAAAAUGAUCGGCGAGAUGAAUUUUGUGUUUACGAUGAAACGCAAAUUCUCAGAUGGAUUAUGGUUGUUGAUUCGCAACAUGAUGACAAAUGUAGUGAUUAUGGAAUGGAUGAAGAAUUUGACGAUACAAAAUGUUAUUGUAUCUGA